CUGACUGCCGGGCUGCGUCUCAGAGGCGGCGAGAAGAACCGGAACCCAACAGGACGCUGUCUUUUUUUUUUUUUUUUUCAUUUUUAUUUGUUUCUUUGAAACCGGAGGAAACGCCGAGAGACGGACACGAAACGGAAUAUAACGUUUUUUAUUUUUUAUUUACAAAAAAAAGAAAUAUGUAAACGUCGCUUGCGUUCGACGCUAGCUCGAAGUUUACCGAGAGGAGAGAAGCUAACGUUAGUUUUAUUAACUUAAUACUUUUAUUAACAGAUCAAUCGCUCUUUAACAACCCGCAGGUCACCUUUAAUAGCGUCGGCGUUGGAUCGAUAACGUGAUUAACCCAGAUAUCGAUGAGAAAUGUCUACGUUUAAACGGAAUAGGACACUAAGUUAGUCCGAAGCUAGCUGCUAGCUCGCUAGCUUAGCCGGCUAGUAGCUGCCGUUAGCUACCUAGCUCGCGCACGUAAACCUCACAGAACGCGAUGUGACGUCAUCACGCUCACCUGCCGUCACGCGCUGCCACCGGACAGGAUGGACGUUUGUUUUUGACGUUUUUCUUCCAUAAUCUCGAGCAGCGUCGUAUUUAACGCCCCCUCUGAGGCCUGCAGGAAACACACUGCAGAUUAUUUAUAUGUUUCUAUCUCACUGACUUCUUAUUCUGAGUAUUUUUAAGGCGUAUUUUCGUCCCGUGGACGUUUUGUGUCGGCAUAACACAAGUGGAUCACAAGGACGGUUGCAAGAUGAUGUGCGAGGUGAUGCCCACCAUCAGCGAGGCCGACGGGGGGCGGCGGGGCUCCGGCUCCCCGCUGCAGUCCGACUCCGAGGGCCACUUUGAGUCCCUGAUGGUGUCCAUGCUGGAGGAGCGGGACCGCCUGCUGGAGACCCUCAGGGAGGCCCAGGAGAACCUGGGCUCCACCCAGGGGAAGCUGCACGAGGUCAGCCACGAGAGGGACGCGCUGCAGCGGCAGCUCCACGCCGCUCUGCCCCAGGAGUUCGCGGCGCUGACGAAGGAGUUGAACAACACACGGCUGCUCCUGGAGCACCUGGAGUGCCUGGUGUCUCGCCACGAGCGCAGCCUGAGGAUGACGGUGGUGAAGAGGCAGGCGCAGUCGCCCGCCGGCGUGUCCAGCGAGGUGGAGGUGCUCAAGGCCCUCAAGAGCCUGUUCGAGCACCACAAGGCCCUGGACGAGAAGGUGAGGGAGCGUCUCCGCGUGGCUCUGGAGAGAUGCAGUGCGUUGGAGGAGCAGCUCACCAUGACGCACAAAGAGCUGUCGUACCUCCGGGAGCAGAGCGGCCUGAAGAGAGGCCUGGCAGACGGGACCAGUGAGGUCAACCACACCUCCGAGAGCACGCCCAGCACCAACGGAAAGCGCUCGUCCGGCGGCUCCCUGAGCCAGGAGGAGGACCCGGGUCUGGGCUUCGGGUCUGUGGGGGAGCUGCAGGACGUCGUGGACCGGCAGACGGCCGACCUGGGCCAGAUGAAGGAGCGCAUGGCCGCCAUGGUGGCACGCAUCAACGAGCUGGAGGAGGACCUGGACGCGGCCCGCAAGGACCUCAUCAAGUCUGAAGACAUGAACACCCGGCUGCAGAGGGACCUGAGGGAGUCCGUGGCCCAGAAGGAGGACAUGGAGGAGAGGAUCACCACCCUGGAGAAGCGCUACCUGUCCGCUCAGCGUGAGGCGACCUCCGUCCACGACCUCAACGACAAGCUGGAGAACGAGGUGGCCAACAAGGACUCUCUGUGCAGACAGACUGAGGACCGCAGCCGCCAGCUCCAGGAGAAGCUGGAGCUGGCGGAGCAGAAGCUGCAGCAGACGAUCCGCAAGGCGGAGACGCUCCCGGAGGUGGAGGCGGAGCUCGCUCAGAGGGUGGCGGCCCUCACCAAGGCAGAGGAACGCCAUGGCAACGUGGAGGAGAGGCUGAGGCAGCUGGAGGCCCAGCUGGAGGAGAAGAACCAGGAGCUGCUCAGGGCGCGUCAGAGGGAGAAGAUGAACGAGGAACACAACCGGCGUCUCUCUGAGACGGUGGACAAGCUCCUCUCAGAGUCCAACGAGAGACUCCAGCUGCACCUCAAGGAGCGCAUGUCUGCCCUGGAGGACAAGAACUCCCUGAUCAGAGAGCUGGAGCACACCAAGAAGCUGAUCGAGGAGUCUCAUCACGAGAAGGAGCAGCUCCUGAUCCAGAUGGAGCCAAGGACCAUGCGGGCGGAGAGAGCGUCAGGGCGGGGGCGAAACUUCGCUGCACGGGUGAGCCGGGGCCGCUCUCAGCUGGGCGGCACUCCAGACUUCCGGUACCCGGUGUCGGCGUCCUCCAUGAUGGACAGCAGCUCCGACCAGUACGGCAGCGGCCUGGUGCUGCGGAGGCCUCAGAAGGGCCGCACGGCGGCGCUGAGGGACGAGCCCUCCAAGGUGCAGACCCUGAAUGAGCAGGAGUGGGAGCGCAUGCAGCAGGCCAGCGUCCUGGCCAGCGUGGCUCAGGCCUUCGAGGGCGAGCUGGAGGCGUCGGACCUGGAGGACGAGGCGCUGUUCGGCUCGGUGGACCUGCUGUCCCCCGGGGGCCAGGCCGACGCCCAGACGCUGGCCCUCAUGCUGCAGGAGCAGCUGGACGCCAUCAACAACGAGAUCAGGAUGAUCCAGGAGGAGAAGGAGAACACGGCCAUCCGGGCCGAGGAGAUCGAGUACCGGGUGGGCGACGGCCUGGGGGGCCACUACCGCUCCACGGGCUCCAUCCCCCCCUCGCUGGGCGGCUCCCCGCCCGGCUCCGGAGGCUCCACCCCCAGACGGGUCCCCCGCAGCCCCAACAGAGAGCUGGACUGCAUGGGGGUCAUGACCUUGCCUAGCGACCUGCGCAAGCACCGCAGGAAGGACGACAAGGCCUCCGUCCACUGUGAGACGUCUCCGCCCUCCACGCCGCGCUCCAUGCGCCUGAGCCGGGAGGCGGGGCACACCGCCAGCCACGAGGACAUCCGGGACCUCCGCGGCCUGGCGGGCCUGCAGGACCCGGGCAGCGACCCCAGCAGCAGCAGCAGCAGCCAGGACUCCCUGAACAAGGCGGCCAAGAAGAAGAGCAUCAAGUCCUCCAUCGGGCGCCUCUUCGGCAAGAAGGAGAAGGGCCAGCCCCCCGCCAAGGAGGCGCAAGCUGGCACCCCGGAGGCAGAGAGCGCCCCGAAGGACGGCCUGGGGGAGAAGAACAGGAAGCUGCAGAAGAAUCCCAAGACGGGGCAUGAACUCCUGGAGGAAGCUCGCAUGCAGGGCCUCCCCUUCGCCCAGUGGGACGGGCCCACGGUCGUGGUGUGGCUGGAGCUGUGGGUGGGCAUGCCGGCCUGGUACGUGGCGGCGUGCCGCGCCAACGUGAAGAGCGGCGCCAUCAUGUCGGCGCUGUCGGACACGGAGAUCCAGAGAGAGAUCGGCAUCAGCAACCCGCUGCACCGCCUGAAGCUGAGGCUCGCCAUCCAGGAGAUCAUGUCCCUCAGCAGCCCGUCAGCCCCGCCCACCUCCAGACCGACCACAGGAAACGUGUGGCUCACUCAUGAAGAAAUGGAGCGCUUGGCAGCCACGCCUCCCACGGAGGAUGACGAGGGCAGCUGGGCCCAGACGCUGGCCUACGGAGACAUGAACCACGAGUGGAUCGGUAAUGAGUGGCUGCCCAGCCUGGGCCUGCCCCAGUACCGGUCCUACUUCAUGGAGUCGCUGGUGGACGCCCGCAUGCUGGACCACCUCACCAAGAAGGACCUGCGAGGCCAGCUCAAGAUGGUGGACAGCUUCCACAGGAACAGUUUCCAGUGCGCCGUGAUGUCUCUGAGGAGGCUGAACUACGACAGGAAGGAGCUGGAGAGGAGACGGGAGGCGUCCCUGCUGGACCUCCAAGAGGUCCUGGUGUGGAGCAACGAGCGCGUGGUCAGCUGGAUUCAGGCCAUCGGGCUGAAGGAGUACAGCGUCCACCUCUCUGAGAGCGGCAUGCACGGGGCGCUGCUCGCCUUGGACGAGACCUUCGACCACAACGCGCUGGCGCUGCUGCUGCAGAUCCCCACGCAGAACACACAGGCCCGAGCGGCUCUCGAGCGUGAAUACAACGUCCUUCUGGCCAUCGGCACCGACCGGAGGACAGAGGAGGAUGACGAUAAGAACUUCCAUCGAGCUCCCUCAUGGAGGAAGAAGUUCAGGCCCAAAGACAUGAGGGAGAUGUCUCUGGGGGCGUCCGAUACUCUGCCCGCCAACUUCCGGGUGACCGGCGGCGGCGCGGGGUCUCCCUCCCCCCAGCCAAAGAGGAGCCCGAUGGAAGGUAGCUGGUGUGAGGAAGAGGAGGAUGAGUUCCCAGCCUUCAAGACCCGGAUGAUGAACUGACGCAUUGAGUCCUCUCCAGUCUCAUAUCUACAUGUUAUAUUGAUGUAAACCAACGGGACGUCUGAUGGUGUUAGAAUCACUCUGUAAUCCCUCCUCCUCCUCCUCUAAAGACCCUCCUCCUCCUCCCCCUCCUCCUCUAAAGACCCUCCUCCUCUAAAGACCCUCCCCCUCCUCCUCUAAAGAUCCUCCUCCCCCUCCUCUAAAGACCCUCCCCCUCCUCUAAAGAUCCUCCUCCUCUAAAGACCCUCCUCCACUGUGCGGCGUGAGAAGUUUGUAUAUUUCUACCAGACGUUUUAUCUUUUAUAAUCUAUCGACAUAUUUGUUCCUCUAACCUCUGAAGUGACUUUACAUACGUGUGUGAGCCGUGGUGUGUGUACAUGUGAGGUGUGUGUGUGUGAGCCGUGGUGUGAGCUGUGGUU